CGAAGAAAUCCAAUAGAACAAAAUCAAAUAAAUAAAAGAAAAAAAAAAGAGGAGCAAGCGGCAGCGGCGGCGGCAGCAGCAGCUGUUCCUCCUCCCUUCCCCUUCCGCAUUCCCCUUUCUCCGCGAAAGCGAAGCACCAGAACAGCACGGAGAGCGGAGCGGAGGGGGCUCGGAGAGACGCCACCGCCACCGCCCCGCCCCCGGAAAACCCAACCCAAGCAAACGGCGGCGCGCGCCAUCGCGGGCGCGGACUCGUUGGGUGCCGGUGGCGGCGCUCUCCGUGCGGGCGGCCACAUUUGCUCCGAGUUCCUGGGGGAGCGGAUUCGGAGGGCGGCGGUUCGAGCGUGAGGAGCUGGUGGUGGUGCGGCUGCUUUCGUGGGGGGUGUCCCGCUGAUCUCGCGGUUUCUUUCCGCCGGCGAUUCGGGUCCCUCCCGCCGGUGAUUGGAUCUCGCCGGCUCGGGGUGCCGGCCGGCCGGGCCGUCGUCGCGCGGCUACCCCGUCCGAGUCUCCGUCGUUUGUCUUCAUCGUUUCCCCUGCUAGUCUGGAGGAGUAGCGAAGAUCCACCCGGACCUGGUUUGAUUUCUUUCGAUGGCGGCUCAAGCUACCAUUGCGGUGGGAUCCCAGGUUUGGGUUGAGGAUCCCGAUGUCGCCUGGAUUGAUGGGGAGGCUAUAAAAGUCCAUGGUGACACGGUUAUUGUCAAGUGUUCCAAUGAAAAAACGGUUACCGUUAAAGGUUCCAAUGUCCAUGCAAAGGAUCCCGAGGAAUCGCCAUGUGGAGUUGAUGACAUGACGAAGCUUGCUUACCUGCAUGAACCUGGGGUUCUUCAGAAUUUGAAAUCUAGAUAUGACAUGAAUGAAAUAUAUACAUAUACCGGAAAUAUCUUGAUCGCUGUAAAUCCUUUUCGAAGACUGCCUCACCUGUAUGAUACUCAGAUGAUGGAACAAUAUAAAGGGGCAGAUUUUGGUGAAUUAAGUCCCCAUCCUUUUGCUGUUGCAGAUGUUGCAUACAGACUGAUGCUGAAUGAAGGAGUAAGCCAGUCAAUUCUUGUUAGUGGAGAAAGUGGUGCUGGCAAAACAGAAAGCACUAAAAUGAUAAUGCGUUAUCUUGCGUACAUGGGUGGGAAGGCUGCCUCUGAAGGGCGAACUGUUGAGAAGCAAGUUCUUCAGUCUAAUCCUGUCCUUGAAGCAUUUGGAAAUGCAAAGACUGUCAGAAACAAUAAUUCAAGUCGCUUUGGUAAGUUUGUUGAGAUCCAGUUUGAUCACAAUGGGAGAAUAUCAGGAGCUGCUGUCAGAACUUAUCUGCUUGAGAGAUCUCGUGUCUGCCAAAUAUCUGACCCAGAGAGAAAUUAUCAUUGUUUCUACAUGCUUUGUGCUGCCCCACCCGAGGAACUUAAGAAAUACAAACUGGGAGAUCCCAGAACAUUUCACUAUCUUAAUCAGUCCAACUGCUACAAGCUUGAAGGCCUAGAUGAAUCUAAAGAGUACCUUGAAACUAGAAAAGCUAUGGAUAUUAUUGGAAUCAGUUCUGAAGAGCAGGAAGCAAUCUUCCGGGUCGUCGCUGCCAUCCUCCACUUGGGAAAUGUUGAGUUUGCUGAAGGGGAUGAUGGGGAGUCAUCAAAACCUAAAGAUGAAAAAUCACUGUUCCAUUUAAAGACAGCUGCUGAGCUCUUUAUGUGUGAUGAGAAAGCACUAGAAGAUUCAUUGUGCAAGCGUAUUAUUGUGACUCGUGACGAGAGCAUAGUAAAAACGUUGGAUCCUGAGGCUGCUAAGGGAAGUAGAGAUGCACUUGCUAAGACUGUGUACUCACGAUUGUUUGAUUGGCUCGUGGAUAAGAUAAACUGCUCUAUCGGCCAAGAUCCAAAUUCAAAAUGCUUAAUUGGAGUGCUGGAUAUCUACGGGUUUGAAAGCUUCAAGACAAACAGUUUUGAACAGUUUUGCAUCAACUUGACAAAUGAAAAGCUGCAACAGCACUUCAACCAGCAUGUCUUUAAGAUGGAGCAGGAAGAGUACACUAAAGAAGAAAUCAAUUGGAGUUAUAUUGAGUUCAUUGACAAUCAGGAUGUUCUUGAUCUCAUUGAGAAGAAACCUGGUGGAAUUAUUGCCCUUCUAGAUGAAGCCUGUAUGCUCCCAAGAUCUACAUAUGAGACAUUUGCUCAGAAAUUGUACCAAACUUUCAAAAAUAACAAGCGCUUUACUAAGCCAAAAUUAUCACGGUCAGACUUCACUAUAUGCCACUAUGCUGGAGAUGUCACCUAUCAAACAGAAUUAUUUUUGGACAAGAACAAAGAUUACGUAGUUGCUGAACAUCAGGCCCUUUUGAGUGCUUCAAAAUGUUCAUUUGUUUCGGGCCUUUUCCCUCUUCUCUCUGAGGAUUCCUCAAAAUCGUCCAAGUUUUCAUCCAUCGGUUCCAGGUUCAAGCAACAACUGCAAUCUCUCUUGGAGACUUUGAGUGCUACUGAGCCCCACUAUAUCCGCUGUGUAAAGCCGAAUAAUUUACUCAAGCCAUCAAUAUUUGAGAACCAGAAUGUUCUUCAGCAGCUCAGAUGUGGAGGGGUUAUGGAAGCAAUCAGGAUAAGCUGUGCUGGGUAUCCUACUAGAAGAACUUUCUAUGAGUUUAUAGAUCGCUUUGGUAUUCUUGCGCCUGAUGUUUUGAGUGGAAGCUCUGAUGAGAUUGCUGCUGUAAGGAGGCUGUUGGAGAAGGUAGAUCUACAAGGUUAUCAGAUUGGCAAGACAAAAGUGUUUCUUCGUGCUGGUCAAAUGGCUGAGCUUGAUGCUCGUAGAAAUGAAGUGUUAGGACGUUCCGCCAACAUGAUUCAGAGGAAAGUUCGCUCAUUUCUGGCACAGAAGAAUUUCAUUAAACUGCGGAGAUCAGCUGUACAAUUGCAGAAGAUUUGUCGCGGGGAGCUUGCAAGAAGAAUUUACCAGAAUCUCCGCAGAGAAGCUGCUUCCCUCAAGAUCCAGACUUUCUAUCGCAUGCAUGCUGCUAGAAAAGCAUACAGUGAACUCUCUGAUUCGGCAAUUACUAUCCAAUCAGCUUUACGUGGGAUGGUUGCACGCAAAGAGCUCCACUUCAGACAACAAACAAAAGCAGCUAUUGUUAUCCAGAGUCGCUGCCGUGAGUUCUUGGCGAGGUUGCAUUAUUCAAGAACAAAGAAAGCUGCCAUUACCACACAGUGUGCCUGGAGAGGAAAGGUUGCUAGGAAGGAGCUUCGGAAGCUUAAAAUGGCUGCACGGGAAACUGGCGCUUUGCAAGCUGCCAAAAAUAAACUGGAAAAGCAAGUUGAAGAGCUUACAUGGCGACUGCAGUUGGAGAAACGCAUGCGAGCUGAUCUUGAGGAAACUAAGUCACAAGAGAAUGCAAAGUUGCAAGCUACCUUGCAAGAGGUGCAACAACAAUACAAAGAAACACAGGAAAUGCUAGUAAAGGAGAGAGAGGCUGCCAAGAAGGCUGCAGAGGUAGCACCGGUUAUUAAAGAGGUUCCUGUUGUAGAUACAGAACUGAUGAAUAAGCUUAGAGAUGAAAACGACAAACUUAAGACUCUGGUCAGUUCUCUUGAAAAGAAAAUUGAUGAUACUGAGAAGAAAUAUGAAGAAACAAACAAAGUCAGCGAAGAGAGGCUAAAAAAGGCAAUGGACGCUGAGUCAAAAAUUGUUGAUUUGAACAUGGCAAUGCUAAGGCUUCAAGAGAAAUUAUCCAACAUGGAAUCUGAGGAGAAGGUGCAGAGACAAGCACUGUUGAGCUCGCCAGUAAAGAGCAUGUCUGAACAUUUGUCAAUUCCAAUUGUGCCAAAGAAUCUGGAAAAUGGCUUCCAUGAGGCUGAAGAGCCAAAGGAACCCCAAAGUGCUCCCCCUGCUAUUAAAGAUUAUGGGAAUGGUGAUCCAAAGUUGAGGAAACCUUUUGCUGACAGGCAACUUGAAAACGUUGAUGCUCUUAUUGACUGUGUGGCGAAAAACCUUGGCUAUUGUGAGGGGAAACCAGUUGCUGCUUUUACCAUAUAUAAAUGUCUUCUUCACUGGAAAUCUUUUGAAGCAGAGAAAACUAGUGUUUUUGACCGCCUUAUUCAGUUGAUAGGAUCUGCAAUAGAGAAUGAGGAAGACAAUGAUAAUCUUGCUUACUGGCUCUCAAAUACAUCUAGCCUGCUGUUCCUACUUCAAAGAAGUCUCAAAGCUGCUGGUGCACCUGGGAGUGUUUCACGAAAGAAACCUCCUCAGCCAACAUCAUUGUUUGGCAGAAUGGCUCAAGGCUUGCGAUCUGCAUCUUUUGUCAACAUGCAUGUUGAGGCAACUGAUGUUGUCCGUCAAGUUGAGGCCAAGUAUCCUGCCUUGCUUUUCAAGCAGCAGCUAACUGCUUAUGUGGAGAAGAUCUAUGGUAUCAUCCGUGACAAUAUUAAAAAGGAAUUAUCAUCUUUGAUUUCUCUGUGUAUCCAGGCUCCAAGAACAAUGAAAGCUAGCAUGCUGCGAAUGUCUGGACGCCUAUCUGGUCAAGCUCAGAGCAACCAUUGGCAGAGAAUCAUUGAGAGCUUGGAUAUCCUUUUGAAGAAACUGCAAGAUAACCACGUACCCCCAAUUUUAGCUCAGAAAAUUUUUACCCAGAUAUUCUCAUACAUCAAUGUACAGCUUUUCAACAGUUUACUCCUCCGUCGUGAAUGCUGCUCCUUCAGUAAUGGAGAGUAUGUCAAAGCUGGUCUAGCUGAGUUGGAAUUAUGGUGUGCCAAGGCAACAACUGAGUAUGCUGCAGCAUCCUGGGAUGAGCUCAAGCAUAUCAGGCAGGCCGUUGGCUUUCUGGUCAUUUUCCAAAAAUUCAGAAUAUCUUAUGAUGAAAUUGUCAAUGACCUAUGUCCGAUAUUGAGUGUCCAGCAACUAUACAGAAUAUGUACGCAGUACUGGGAUGACAAGUACAAUACUCAGAGCGUAUCAUCAGAUGUUCUUAGUAACAUGCGGGUGCUGAUGACGGAGGAUUCAAACAAUGCUGAAAGCAGCUCAUUUCUGUUGGAUGAUAAUUCGAGCAUCCCGUUCUCAGUCGAUGAUAUCACCAACUCAAUACAGGAGAAGGACUUCUCGGAUGUCAAACCAGCUGAGGAGCUACUCGAGAAUCCCGCCUUCCAGUUUUUACAGGAUUAGGGCUGUGAAAGUCUCGAGCUUUAUACCGUUAGAUACCUUGUCAGAUUAUUCCUUGAUUUGUUGUAAAUUUUUUCAACCCUUUUUAUGCUGGAUGUGUACCCUUUUCUUUUGUUAUAUUUCGUUUUCUUUUCCAGCUAGUUUUUGUAAAAUCCUUAUAGGUAGUCAAUAGGGUUGGGAUGGGAUUCCUCCCUUACAACUAGGAAAAGCCAUAUGUUUUAAAGCGAGGCAAGCAAAUCUUCAUUCUUUUGUAGGGCAAAUUCAAAGCAGUCUUGUUAUAUCCAUAGGUCGUGGUGGCCUCUCCAGAUUAAUAUAGAUUGUACAAAGCAGUGUAAAUCAACAGUGCAAGAAAGGAAAUUCAUAUACCAAAUGGCAUUAUGCUC